GAUGUUCACUGGGGCCCUGGGAGAGAGGUCGGGGGCGCGGGAGCCCGGGCGCCGACUACUUCUCUCCUCCCCCAAGCAGCCCCGACCAUGGGCAACACGCAAGAGCGGCCGUCCGAGACGAUCGACCACGAGCGGAAACGCCUGGUAGAGACGCUACAGGCGGACUCAGGGCUGCUGCUAGACGCGCUGCUGGCGCGGGGCGUGCUCACCGCACACGAAUACGAGGCGCUGGAUGCACUGCCUGAUGCUGAGCGCAGGGUGCGCCGCCUGCUGCUGCUGGUGCAGGGCAAGGGCGAGGCCGCCUGCCAGGAGCUGCUGCGCUGCGCCCAGCACAUCACGCGCGCGCCCGACCUCGCUUGGGACUGGCAGCACGUGGGCCCCGGCUACCGGGACCGCAGCUACGACCCUCCGUGCCCAGGCCACUGGACGCCUGAGGCACCCGGCUCGGGGACAUGUCCCGGGCUGCCCAGAACUUCAGACCGCGAGGAGGCCGGGGGUCCUGAGGGCUCUGAGGCAGUGCAAUCGGGGACCCCAGAGGAGCCAGAGCUGGAAGCUGAGGCCUCUGAAAGUGCUGGGCCAGAGCUGGAUUCGGAACCAGAGCCGGAGGCAGAACGAGAGCCAGAGCCAGAGCCGGAGGCAGAAAGAGAUCCGGAGCCAGAGCCCGAGCCCGACUUCGAGGAGGCACAGGAGUCUGAAGAUUCCUGAAGGCGCUGACGGGCUGUUUCCCGCCCAAGCAGGAUAGGAACUGGGAUCCUGCCGGAACUGUAUCAGAUACCACCAAGGCUCCAUCGGGCUCAGUGCCGCUGGAAGUCAAUAAACUCCAGAGGGUUGGCCUGGGCCUUGGCUCUCUCCACAAUUCUGGCUAUUUGCCCAGGAACUGAAGGUGGGUGCGUGCCUCUGAGUUGACCUGGGCAGACCCGUACCCCACCUCCCAGUCCUCAGCCCCAUCACACCCUCAGUAGCCCAAGCUGCACCCCUGGAGACCCCAGACCCAGGGCCUGACCCUUGGGCCCUGCUCCACAGGACCCCUUUUCCCCUCAUGAGCCAGUUGGAAGGCUGUGCAGGCAGCAGCCCCAUUCCAUGGAAACCCCUGGGCUUGAUGUAUAGAGUGAGGGAAGGGGGGCUUUUCUCCACUUAGGGAGGGCUUAGAGCUCCCUGCCUUGGGAAGUGAGAACAGAAAGGGACCGUGAGUAGACAGAGACCACACACAUUAUUGUAAUUGCUGUUUUAAUUGUCUGGCUUCCCUCUGCACUGGGAGCUCAGUGAGGGUUCUGGCCAGUUACUGGCACACAGAAGGUGCUCUGUAUGUAUUCUUUGACUAAAUGAGUAAGGACUUUC